AAUUUAAAUUUUCGAAAUCGAUAUUUAACCUAUUCAUUAUAUAUUGGUUAUCCGAUACAUCAUUGUACAUCCCUAAACCGAACCAAACUCCGACGACCAAUAUUGUCAAAACAGCUGAUUUGUGGAAAAUUCGAUUUUUGGAUACUCUGUCGAUUUCUCCAAAAGAUAUACAAUUACGAUAUGGCGGAAAUACAAACACUCAUUGAAAUGGGAUUUUCAAAAGAACGAGCGGAGAAAGCUCUGGCUAUUACUAACUAUAAAGGCGUGGAGCCUGCUAUGGAGUGGUUAUUAGCUCACGCAGAUGACCCGCAAAUGGAGACUGGGCAAACUGUUGGUGGCAGUUCUACAGUGACUGCUCCUGAAGCGACGCCGGUCGUCGAAUCUGCAGAAGCCCAAUCUGCUGAUGAGGCAAAAUCAUUUAAAUGUGAUGAAUGCGGCAAACUGUUCAAAGAUCAAGACGAGAUGGAAUUUCACGCGGCAAAAACAAACCAUAGCAGUUUCUCAGAGUCUACAGAGGAAAAAAAACCAUUGACUGAAGAGGAGAAAAAAGCUCAAUUAGCACUACUCGAGGAGAGAAUGAAGCAGAAAAGAAAAGAGAGAGAAGAAAGGGAAAAGGCAGAAGCAUUAGAACGUGAGCGCCUCCGUAUUAAGUCAGGAAAAGAUCUGCAAGAUGCUCGUUUAAGGCUACAGGAACAGGAGAUGAUGAAACUAGUUGAGCAAAGGAGAAGGGAAAAGAUAGAGGAUCAAAAAGCGAGAGAACGAGUUAGAGCACAAAUAGAAGCAGACAAACAAGCCAGAAAACUGGCAGCGUCGAAGUCGUCGACGCCAGCAGAGCCGGCGGAGACGAAGCCGCCGAUGGCCGCAGAGCCGGCGGCGGCUACAGUGACGGGCGCGUGCCGCAACUACGAGCAGGCGCGGAUACAGCUGCGGCUGCCCGACGGCAAGGCACUGCUGCACACGUUCGGGGCUAAAGAACAACUGGCAGCUGUCAGAUUAUUUUUACAAAUGAAUGCUCAGGAGUUCGCUCAGCAGGAGAAUUUUAAACUGAUGACCACAUUCCCCAAGAAAAUAUUCACAUCUGAUGAUUACGAAAAGCCUUUGGAAUUAUUAGGUCUUGUCCCAUCAGCCGUCAUAAUUGUUUCAAAAGGCGUAUAGCCCAAUUAUGAAUAAGGGCAGCGAUGCGUGAUGGACGUGUGACUCGUAUAAACGGGAUGCGGUAUAAAAAUUAUAAUGUAUUUAACGUACAAUGAAAAUAAAAGUUUGUGUAUGUACUCUA